AUGGCGCCCACUGAGUCCGCUAUUUUGCACAACUACCUGACCUUCCCCGCCCAAUUGCCCUCCGCCAUCACACUCGAAGAAUUCACUGAACUCUUUCCAAAGGCCCAUCGAGCCAACCCGGUGAUUCGUUCUCUGUACCGCGAUCUGCAGCAUCAGAGGAGAGCGCUUGUCGACACUGUCACAGAGAACAUCGCCGCCGAGGAGAAGCGCGGGAGGGUCCUGAAGCGUCAGAUCGCCCGUGCCCGCAGCCGCGCGGCAGAUGAGGAUGCUGACCAGGAGCUCGAGAUCGAGCGAGCCCUCUUCGGCGCGUCUGGGACUCAAGACGCCAAACACACACUCAACUCCAUUAUCCCAGAGAUGGACACCGCUAUGGCUGAUCUCGAAGCAGAGAUCCAGAAGCUCGAGACACGGGAAAAGUCGCUACUGGAAUCGGUGAAGCAGACGGUCGGUAGCAUGAGCGACCUGCGUUAUGGGCGCCUCUCCAACCACAGACUAAGGGACGACGUCAUGCAAGGCCUCAAGAGCGUACAAGAUGCGUGCGACGGAAAAAGUUGA